AUGCCACGAAAGAAGGUCGUCGAUAAAGGUGAAGCAUCGCCAGCCGCUGCAAAGAGGAAGACGACGAAAACGAAACCCGACAACGCGAAUGUCAUUGUCAUUGAUGCCGGCAGAAAUAUGGAGGGCGAGCCAUUUCACGAUACAAUUCAAACGGUCGAAUGGUUGCUAACGAGGAAGAUUAUGCGAUCAAAAAGUGAUGCCGAUAGGAAAACCGCUGGCGGAAUGGACCUCUUCGGAAUCGUCGUUUUUGGCUGCGAUGAAACGGACAAUCCGCUUGGGACUGAAGGAGUUUUGGCUAAAGAGGAAGUUCUUCAAAUGGCCACCUUUGAUCAAAUGCGUUUUUUGUCGGAGUUGUCGCCAAGCCAGAAAACGUAUGGAGAUUAUGCCCAAGGAUUGAUCGUCGCGUUGGAUUGGUUGAAGCGGCGACUCGAAGACGGAGGUGAUUUCGACAAGAAAAAUUUGAUUCUCUUCACAAACGCUUUAGGAAAUCGUGAUCGUCCCACUCAUCGAACUGCAUUGGAGGUGAUCGCUAGUGUGCUAGCUGCUAUGGAUGUGGAGUUACAUGUUGUUGGACUAACUGACCCACCAGAGUCUCAUUCGGUCACCGAAUUGAAGGAAUUUGUCGCUGAGAAUGGUGGAAGCACGUACGAUUACUCAAACGUCGGUAAAUUGAUUUCGAAGCUUUCUGCGUAUCAACAGCUCACGCGUUUAAACUACUUUCAACUCGAGAUCGCAAAGGAUAUCAAAUUGAAUUUUAAAUGUAUCAAUUAUAUCUCCAAAGCAAGGAGCGAUAAAGAGGAAAGAAUGCGAGCUGUGGAUCCAAGAACGCUUAAAGCUGUACAUCGCCAAAGACACCUAUUCACCGUUGAAGAAACUUCUAAAGAAGAUGGUGCUUCUGGUGAUGGAGGCCAAGGUGGUCCUUCGGCUGGGUCGUCAUCGUAUGGAUUUGGAGCUUUUCGACCAACUGGGCCAAAUGGAGCAGCAAAAGAUAACGGUUUCAAGAAAGAAGAGGCUAUGGACGAAGGUGAAGGCGAAGGCACACAACAACAGCAAGAAUACACUUACACGCAAGUCAAUCCAGAGGAUAAAGCUUAUGGCUAUGUAUUCGGAAGCUCCAAGCUGAUCAUGGACAAAGAAACAAAGGACAGCUACAAUUUGUCGUUCAACUACAAUCGAUCUUCGGUUUUUCAACUUAUUUGCACGGUUCCCGAGAAUGCUAUCCAUCCACAAUACAUGGCUGGUACGGAGACUCGCGUUUUUGUACCUGACACGCGAAAAGGAGCGCAACCUGCAGCUGGUGCAUUUGUCGAAGGGCUUUUGGAAGCUAAAGCCGUCGCUAUUGUUCGAUUUGCUUUCAACGCUAUUGCUCAACCAACACUUGUUGCCCUGAAGCCACGAAUUCAUCCAGAAUACAACACACCGAUGUUGUACGGUAUCAGGCUUCCGUUUGCAGAUGAUAUUCGACACACUAUGUUCCCGCCUCUUGAGAAAAUUGAUCCGAUAAAAUCAAUUGAAAAGUUGGAUCUUAUUGAUGAGCUCAUCGACAACUUUAUGGCAGAAGGAGAGGGUGCUCUUUCAAAUUCUCAUCGUCAACGCGAGGCUUAUUUGAAAAGAAAUCAAUUGAUUUUUGAAAAAGUUGGUGUCCGAACGUCAGUGAUUAAAGCCGGAGAACGAGAGCUUACGGAGACACAGAAGAAUAUUAUUGAACAUGUACGCCGAGAGUUCCCAAUUGUCGAUUACAAAGCAAUGAAAGCUGCUGAAAGGGAAAAUGAAAGGCAAAGAGUUGCGGAAGUCGAUGUUGAUGCACUUCUUGCAGGAAAUGAGGAGGAAGAAGAACAAGAGGACCUUAAACCGAUGAAAGCCGAUCUUGAUGCAAAAAUUGCAAAGUCAGCCGGUGAUGAGAAGAAAGGAAUGUCGUUGUUUUUGAAAGAGCAAUUUGCACAUAUUAUCGUAAAUGCCAGCGAUUCACCUGAGGAGAUCAAUUUGAACAAGUUACAGUUUGCCCGAUCCUGGUGUAUUCGCACUGCUGAGCCGAAACUUUUCAACGACUUGAUGGGCAAGCUAAGGAAUUUAGACGAUAUUAAGGAAUGGGCGGCUCGUUGCACAAACCCUGCACUUCGGCCGAUCACAACAGUUGAAUGCGAGAAGAGUGAAGUGAAUGAAGAAAAGGCGAAGAAAUGGUGGAUCGACGAUGAAGAUGAUGAUGAUGAUGAUUUU